AUGCUGCCAUAUGGGUUCCAUUCAUCUUUGACUUUCAAGCUGAACAACUACAUGAAAAGCGAGUUCUACACCCAUUUUGCUACCAGCAAGCAAUGCCAGGAGGUGUAUCUGGAGGCCUUCAAUAAGUCACACGAGUACGAGUACUUGUACCACAUAUUCAUGGCUGUCCUAUUGAUGGACCUGUAUCACAAGGUUGAGAUGACCGGUUCGGAUGAUGUGCUGAAUUUGUCGCAGAGUGCCUACGUCUCCAUGGCCGAGUUCCACCACAGUCGAAGUCUCAGUUUGAUGAGGCAGAACCUACGACCCCAGAAACCGUACGAUGCACUUGCGCUUUUACUUGCAUCGUCGCUCCAGAUGUUCUAUGCAACAGCUUCGCCGAACCACAGGAUCGCUGACAUCGCAUACAUAGGCGUGGCCAAGGGGAUCUAUUUGUUCUUCAACGAUAUUCUUCCUUUUGUCGGCCAGUUCCAGCUGCUGGAGGACACCUACAAGAGAUAUUGUCUGGGAUCUUUUUCCACCGAUGCAAGUGUGUAUUUUCCGGAAUUCCUAUACGGGAUACUAGAUUUGCAAUACUUUGAACAGGAUCCUUUGACUCCGCGUACUCUGAGUUCCGAUAGCGACCCCAGUCCUGCGAACUCAGUUUCCAGUGGUGGGCCUAGUUCACCGGAGCAGCAAUCAGUCACGCCCAGUACUUUCAGUUCAUCGAGUGAGAGAUCGAACUCAGGUUAUAGUGCUGGUUCUCCUUCUUUCGAGGCAAAUAGGGACAUAUACAAAAAAGUACUGGAUAGACUCAAGAUGGAGUUUAGAGCGCACGCGUACAAAGAACCAGAUGACAAUACUCCUGGAAUGCAGAUUGAGAAUGAGCUGAUAAGCACCCUUUCUCGAUACGUUAUCGAUGUUCCAGAACAGUUCACGGAGCUCAUAGGCAUCAAUGAUCCUAGGGCGCUGAUUAUCAUGGGAUAUCACGUGAUGAUUCUGGCUGCAAGACGCUACCCUUUCUGGUCCCAGACUCUGUAUAUGUACGAAAUCGAUCACAUUUAUGAUACCCUUGGAAAACUUCCAUAUGGUCAUGAAUGGAAAAGCUGGUUGACCGCAGCCAGAGAAUCGAUCUACAGACUGAGCUAG